GCAUGAAUGCUAAUGUCAUAUUGAGGGUUAGCUGACAACGUCACGAAAAUGAUGCGCAUGCUUCAAUGUGGCAUAACUCCAUGUGUUGUGAUUCUGGAUAGCAAAUAGCUAACAACAAUGACAAGAAGCUGCCGUGUGGGGAAUCGUUAAUGGCUGGAUUCAUAUAGUUUUAUCUUGUUAUUGAUACCAUGUCGUGUUUUGGAGUGUUUUUACUGUUGCCACGUCAUCAAUGCUAUUAUGACUCAAAUUCGCAAGCUAGCUAACCAAGAAAUGUAACGAUGUAUUUGAGAGACAAGUUCUCAUUGUGCAAAUGUAUUUAUGUGUUCAAUAAACAUUGGAGACGAAAUAUAGUUUACAUGUUGUCAGCAAUUUAAGACAACCCCGUCUGUUUUGCCUUAGUUGUACAGGCGUGGGGUUUGUUGCUAAACAACCAACCCGUCUAUAGGCCUAUUAUUACUGAAUUCAAAUGAAGAAGCACUCCAGUCAACAAGAUGAAGAACAAACCUGGGAAAAAGCAACACAACAAAACCAAGAGGACUAAACACCAUCGAGACCUAAUCAAAACAGAGUGUGGAACACAGUCAGAUGAUGUUGACUGCAAUAGAGAAGAACCAGACAUUAGUCAAGCACCCUACAUUACUAAAGGGGUUUGCAUCAGCUCCAUCCAAAUCAAAGAGGAACCAACAGACUUUGAACAGCAGGGAAUGGGAGAGGAACAAAACCGUUCAGUUCCUUCCUUCCAGAAGAAGCACAUCAAACAUCAAAAUACAUCCAGUCCAAUGACCGGGUGUAGCCAGAUAUCAAGGAGUCCUAUGGUGAUGCUAACAAGAUUGUCUAAUGUGGUGGUUAAGACUCUUCUGCGAGACACUAAAGUGUGUUUGGUGAAGGAGGAAAACCCAGAUGAGCCCGAUGGCGUCUCUUCUCCUCAGUUCUUUCCUUGUCCACACUGCACCAUCUCCUUCACUGACUGUUACUUCCUGGAGAACCACAUGAAGACCAAACACCAUAAGCAGUACCUGGCUUUGUUCAAAGGCCAUGUCUCAACGAGUAAAACCGUGUAUGCCCCCACACACAGCUGUCCCCACUGUAGCUGCAUGUUCCAUACCUCACGGCAGCUACACGUCCACACCCGUCAGGCCCACCCCUCUCCCUCUCUGAGAAAACUCCACCCCUGCCCCUAUUGUGCCCGCAGCUUCCAGUACAUAGCCAGACUGCAUACUCACUGCAAGGUUUGGCAUAAAAUGUCUGUCGCUUUCACAGAUGGAUACCUCAGUUGCGCUGACUGUGGAAAGAGCUUCAAGAAUUGCUGGGGACUGGGGCCUCACCAGUGUCACAAGCCUGAGGACACUAAGCUUGAGAAUGGCCCUGUCUGUCUGAACAUUGGCAUGCCUUGCUCAGAGUGUGGCAAAAGCUGCUCUAGUCCUCAGAAUCUGCGCAUUCACAUGCGCACACACACCGGCGAGAAGCCUUACGUCUGUAAGGAGUGUGGCAAGAGCUUCUCAGAAGCCAGCAGUCAUUGCAAACACAUGAUGAUACACUCGGGGGUCAAGCCAUUCAAAUGCCAGGAUUGUGGAAAGGAUUUUGCCCGGAUGUGGCACCUCCGAGUUCACAUGACCGUUCACUCUGGCGAGAAGCCUUUAUCCUGCCCUAAAUGUGACAGGCGGUUUGCAUACAGUGAUUCUUUGAAGCUUCACCUGCGCACACACUCAGGGGAGAGACCUUUCAAAUGUACUGUGUGUGGUAAAGAUUUUGCAGAUAAAGGUUAUCUGAAGUUGCAUCUGAAGAUCCACAGCAAUGAAAGGAACUACCAUUGUGGGGUUUGUGGGCUGAAGUUCAUAAACAUUGCUGCGUUGAAAACCCACCAGCGCACACACACUGGGGAGAGGCCUUUCCAUUGCACAGUGUGUGACAAGACAUUUUUCCGACACGCACACCUGAAGAACCACCAGCGCACUCACACAGGUGAGAAACCAUACACCUGUACUGAGUGCGGUAGAAGCUUCACUCAGUCUGGAGAUCUCACAAAACACAUACGCACCCACACUGGAGAGAAGCCGUAUGAAUGUUCUGUCUGCCACGGCUGUUAUACCUCUUCAGGGGAUCUGGGCAAACACAUGAGGAUCCACAAUAACUCACGGCCAUAUCACUGCCAGGAGUGUGACAAAAGCUUCCGCAUGGUCGGUCACCUUAAAACUCACAUGAGGACCCACACUGGUGAGAGACCAUACUCCUGCCCCCGCUGCCAUCGUACUUUUGCUCGCGCCCACCACCUCUCUGGUCACCUGCCUAGAUGUUGCUGAAUGAUUAGAUUAUUUAUAUACAGUCAACUCUUUUACUCUUGUUGUAGUUAUUUAAUAAGGGAACAGUGAUGUACAGAAGAUGGUUUUGUGCCCGACUGUUGUGGUAAUGUCAAUAAAGGCAUCUAUAGCCUGUUGUCUGGUUCUGAUGUA